AUGGUGAAGACUUCUAGUUGCUGCAGCAGCAGCAGCAGCAGAUGUGCUGCAGCAGCAGCAGCAGCAGCGGCAGCAGCAGGCGAGGGCGAGUUCUCAGAGGCCCGCGAGGACUUGGCGGCGCUGGAGAAAGACUAUGAGGAAGUGAGGAUUGAGACUGCGGAGGGGGAGGCUGAAGAAGAGGGGUACGGAGAGGACUUCUAG